UUUUAAGAAUAUGAUUUGCAAUAAACUAAAUCCUUUGUUAGAGUCUCAUGAUUAUUCAACAGUUAUGAGGAUAUAUUUACCCAGAAAAGAGAAGUCUCUCCAGAGGACUUUGUGCCUUUUCCUAUCCACUGCAUCCUUCACUAAACAAAUCUCUGCUUUACAGACUGGGACCUGACUGUUCAUUCCUGCAGCAGCUCUGGGGCUCAUCGAGGAGAUCAACAUAGCAAAAAGAAAUAUUUAACAAGAGACCAAUCUCCAAGCUACCAUUUCUGUCUAAGAUUCUGGAAAAGGCAGUAUCCAGAGACAUUGUGGAGAAAUGGGAAACAGCACCUCAACAAAGUCACUUAAGGACGAACCAUUUAAAACACCUUUGUUUACGAAUACUAAAAAAGAGUUCUACAGAAUCCCAGCUCUGAUCUACAUUCAUGAUUCAGAAACCUUUCUUGCUUUUGCUGAGAAACGAACCUCACUGGAUGAUGUUGAUGCUAAAUUUCUGGUCAUCAGGAGGGGAACAUGGGAACACGGGAGAGUUCAGUGGUCAGACAUGCAGGAGCUUACAGGAGCCGCUUUGGAUGGAUAUCGCACCAUGAACCCGUGUCCAGUCUACGAGAAACAAACUAAGACUGUCUUUCUGUUCUUUAAUUGUGUGUAUGAUAAGGUCACUGAGCAGCAGCAGAUUAACAGCCGCAAGAACAAGGCUCGUUUAUGUUUCGUUAAAAGCACAGACAGCGGGCAGACAUGGAGCGAGACGACAGAUUUGACAGACACGGUGAUUGGAAGUGAGAUAAAAAACUGGGCCACAUUCAGUGUCGGUCCUGGGCACGGCAUUCAGAUGACUAACGGCAGACUCAUCAUUCCUGCUUAUGCUUAUUAUAUUUCAGGGUGCCUUAGUCCAACACCUCAUGCUUUUGUGUUCUGUAGUGAUAAUCAUGGGGACACCUGGACAUUUGGACACAAAGUAAGUCACACGUCUCUUGAGUGUGAGAUGGCAGAGAUCACUAUAAGCAAUGGUCAAAGUUCCUUAUACUGCAACGCCAGAAACACUGGUCGUUACAGAGUUGAGGUUUGCAGUCAGAACAGAGGAGAAGAUUUUGAUUCUAAACCACGUCCAACUAACCUGGAAGAGACACAUGGUGGCUGUCAGGGCAGUGUGGUGAGCUUUAAACAUGGAGAUAGGAGCUGGCUGCUUUAUUCACAUCCAACUGACAAGAAAAAAAGACGGAAUCUUGGGGUUUAUGUGAAUGAGUCUCCUUUUAGUGACAGCAGAUGGAAUAAAGUUAACGUUAUCAAUUACGGCACCAGUGCGUACUCAGAUCUGACUCAGAUCAGCGACACAGAUAAUCAAUUUGCUUGUCUCCUGGAACGUGGGACAAGUCAACUCGAAGAGAUAACUUUUUCUGAGUUUUGUCUUGACAAUAUUAUGUAACAAAAAACAUAAAUUCAACAUCAAAUCAACCAACAUGAAUUUAAAAAACAUUUAAUACACACCUAAAACAUAAGAGAAUUCAGAACAGAGCCAUAAACCACCCAGUGAGUCUCCCAGGAACAAAACACACCCUACUUCAGUUUCAGUUUGUUUACGACUUUACUGACUGCAAAGUAUUAAUAAUCAUUUUACUAUUUACAGUUAUAUUAGCUGGUCCAAUUACUUUUGAGCUUGCGAAAAUGGCAGGAGCUGAAAGUUGACAUCCUGAUUGCUUCAAUAUAUACACACACACACACACACACACACACACACACACGCACCGUGGUAGAGUACAGAAGCACACACACCAACACCGCCUCACUGUCCAUAUACUUAUGGACCUGACUCUAUAUCCUACUGUUGACUUUAUUUAUUCCUGUCCCUCUCCUGUCUUGUCCAGUGAUCAGUGUUAGUUGUUCUGUCGUGUCCGGUAGAUCAGGUGAUGGCGGUGGAUCUCCAGCUCACUUGAUCUUCAGAAAGAUGUUGAUAUUCUUACGUAGUAAAGACACGUAAUGAUAAGCCUCCCAUGAUGGUGUAAUGCAUCCUUUACCACCAGGAGGCAGUCUUGUCUCUCCACUCUCCUCUCUGCUACUAGGCCCUGCCGUCCCGCUGUCCUCCUGACCUCCUCCCUCUCCUGCCCUGAUACAACAUCACGUAAAUGCUAAAUGUAAAAUUCACCCACACGAUCCUGCUUAACGUUAAGACCAAUACAGAUAAUACAGUAAAAUUAAAUAAAGACAGAAAAUACAGGCUGUGUUAUCAUCUUUAAGUCUUCAUUUUUAAAGGCCGGAUAUCGUCUCUGCUCUUGUUCAUGUAUUUAAACUUAUAUAACUACUCAAUCAGGUAAAACUUAUUUUAUUUUAAAAGUAUAAACUCAUUAUUAAAAGCGUUUCUCUACACCAGCUACUAACCCUGUAUUGUCUCUCUGCUCGCGACUGAGCUCCAGUCUUAGCUAACAUUAAUUUGUGUUUUAUACUGGUGAUGUAAUGCCAAACCAGUGUGGUGAUAAUUUACUAAUCAACACAUUAAAUUAACUGAAACUAAUCAGAAUUAAUCAUAAUAAACUAAUUAAAAUGAACUGAAUAUGUUAAAA